GCUCGCCGCACGAGACUUUUGACACAGUCUCCAGCACGCGCAUCAGCGCGUCCAGAUCAGAUCGCGCGGACGGCGCUGGAGGCAGGGAGGUUCAGUCAGACCGACUACUGCUUUAUAAUGUCUUGGACUAUCCCAAAGAAAAGGAAGAUGGAAACAUUUCGAAUUAUGUUUUGUCUCGUGUUACUCAAGGUGUGCAGUGGCGCCUCUCUGGACAGGUUUGAGAGUGGAAAACCCAGGACAACAGAGGUCAACCUGCUUCACACCUCAGAGAAAACAAACAUAACAGGGCUCCAGGCGGACAACGGGACCAGUGUGGGUGAUGAUGACUAUGAAGAAGAUUAUGAAGGGGAUUAUGAGCUAAACCUGCCAAGAGUGGCAUUUUCCACCAAACCCAAACAUCCGUCGGCGAUGCCCACUACUGAGAAGACAAAAAAAAGAAAAAGGAAGGGCAAAGGAAAAGGCAGGGGGAAUAAGAAGAACCUCUGCGAGGAGGAAUACAAAGAUUUCUGCAUUCAUGGAGUGUGUCAUUAUCUGCGGGAUUUACGCACUCAUUCUUGUGUAUGUCAUGGAGGAUACUCUGGAGAGAGAUGUCACGUAUUCACCCUGCCGGUGGGGAAGGAGGAGCAGCGUUACAGCCGAACCACAGCGCUGGCGGUCAUAGCAGUGGUUCUGUCCCUCAUGUGUCUCGCAGUCAUCGCUAUUCUGCUGGCAUUAAGAUAUUCUGCAUGCUUUUCUGACAGGUACCACAAAAAAGAUGACGCUGAUGUAGAGAGCGAAGAAAAGGUCAAACUCGAGGCAACGUCAGUAAAACAGUGAUAACGAAGGAUAAAGAAAGCCAAAAGGUCAUGUGACCCAUGGAUAGACAGCACUAUACAUCUCAUCAAGGGCAUGAUUUCUGCAUUAUUCCUAGUGGUAAUCAUUAUUUCUCCACAAUCUUUGCACCUCUUCGUAUUUGUUGUGCGCCCCUGAUGUCCUGCAGUAUUGGUGUCUAUCUAAACUGGCAUGAAGGAUGCUUUAAACACUGCCCCGUGUGCAGUACAUGUACAGUACUGUCAUGGAGAUCAUGCAGACAGGACUGAAAAUGAUGAAUGUAUCGCGACUUCAAUCAAAGUUGCUUUUUUUGUUCGUUGCUUAUUUAUUUAUGUUGAAAAGCUGAGUUUCUGUUUUCUCCCAUCAGUCUGAAUCUGUAGUACUGUCAAAAACGCCACAAAGCACUUGUAAUUAUUUAUUUAUAAUGUAUUUGUUAUUUAUUUUGAUACGUAACAAUUGUGUGUACUGAAUGCACUGCGAGUUUUGUAAAUGUGUUUUUAUUGUAUAGAUAUUUAUUAUCGAUGAAUACAAUCAAUUAAUGUUCUAAUAGGACUGAAGUUGCAUCGCAAACUUUACAAUCGCAUUCGGAGGACAGUACGGUUUGAAUAAUAUUUUAGCUAAACUGUGAAUUAAACAUUUGCGAAUGCAAUCAAAUAAAUGUACUCUGCAGGAAUGUCAGACGCAGGGCUUAAGCCUUUUUUAUAUGUAUUACUGAGAAAGUGUAGCUUAAAUUAAGUGAAAUAAAAUGGAAUAUGUUUAUUAGUGUGUUUGUUUUAUGCGUUUAGUAUAAAUAACAUGAUUUCAUGUACUAAUUUCAAGCAAUGGUAACAAAUUUCUGCUGUUUAAUAAACUUUUGUGACUUUC